UCAGUCGACGAGUUCCGAGUGGACUGGGAGGAACGAUAACGACAACGUGCGAGUCAGUGUCAGGUCAGAAAAGCAUCAUGUCCGGACAGAAGAAACCGUGUGUGUCUACCCUUGAUCAGCUGAAGGCUGUUACUACAGUGGUAGCAGAUACUGGCGAUUUCGAAGCCAUGCUGACGUACAAACCGACCGAUGCUACAACAAAUCCAUCACUGAUCCUUGCUGCAUCCAACAUGCCGGCUUACAAACACCUCAUUCAGGAGGCCCUAGACUAUGCAAAGGCUGCAGGAGGAACAUCUCGUGAACAGCUGACAAAGGCUAUGGACAAGGUGUACGUCAAUUUUGGAAGAGAGAUUCUCAAAAUAAUACCUGGUAGAGUGUCAACUGAAGUUGAUGCAAGACUAUCGUUUGACAAAGAAGGAAUGAUUGCAAACGCCCAGCAAUUGAUAGCCUUGUACAAAGAGAUGGACAUCGGCAAAGAAAGAAUUCUCAUCAAGCUGUCAUCAACAUGGGAAGGUGUCGAGGCAGCCAGAGAGUUGGAGAAAGAACAUGGAAUCCAUUGCAACAUGACACUUAUCUUCAAUUUUAUUCAGGCUGUGGCGUGUGGUGAUGCGGAGGUAACUUUGAUAUCGCCAUUUGUCGGGAGGAUCAUGGACUGGUUUGUAGCCAACACUGACAAGAAAUCGUUUGAACCGCUUGAGGAUCCUGGUGUCAAAAGUGUUACACAGAUUUAUAACUACUACAAGAAGUUUGGCUACAAAACAGUAGUUAUGGGAGCUUCUUUCAGAAAUGUGGGCCAGAUCAUGGGCUUGGCAGGAUGCGACCUUCUCACAAUCUCACCCUCAUUACUGGAAAAGCUUUCAAAAUCAACCGAAGAAGUGGUAGUGCACCUCAAAAAGGAAAAAGCUAAAAGUAUGGACAUCAAAGAAGAGACCGCAGAUGAAAAAGCUUUCCGUUGGGCAAUGAAUGAAGAUCAAAUGGCAAACGAUAAACUUUCUGAAGGAAUCCGCAAGUUUGCAGCUGAUGCUGUUAAAUUGGAAAAAGUUCUUAAACAGCGUCUAUCUGGAUAAACACUGUCAAAGGACAUGUAUUUGUGCUUUAGUUUAUCUAAGUUGUAGACUUUUCUGCUACUUCUCUCUUUGUUAGAGAAAACAAUAUGAUUAGCUUAAUAUUGAAAUUUCUCAAUACAUGUAAUUCAUGGUUUUUCAUUUGCAUAACUGGAUGCUGACCAAGCUAAUUUAGUGAGGUAUGAUCUCAUCUCAUUAAUUCAAACUAAAGUGCAAUAUAAAAAAAAUUAAGUUUAAAAUAAACCUAUGCGUUCUGUUGUAGUUUUUAAAAAUCAAGUUCCCCAGAAAAAAAUAUGAUAUAUUUUUGCAAUUUGUCAAGCUGAAGUCGGCAAGAAAAACUAAGUGUCUCCUUUUGAAAACUUAUUUCGGUUUAAAUGAUAUAUUUAUUUAACUCCAUUCCAGUUCAAUAACUUGGACAAAUUUUGUUAUACUUAUCUAAAAAUAUUGAGUCACACUUGCCUGGGGAAUUAUUACUUCUUUAUAUUUAAAAGUUAAAUGUUUACCAUUUACUGAGAUAUAGUUAGUCACCUUUCAGUGAUAAUGAUGUGUGGCAAAAUAAAGCUGCCAUGGCCAAAAAAAACCCUCUGUGGUGCAUUUUGAGAGGAUUUUGGCCUUGCAGAUGGGUAACCAAUCAUGAAUUUUUAUUUAAAUUAUAUUAGUUUCUAACACCCUUUGGUUUUUCAGUAGCGUUGGAAUCACACGCACAUUUUGUAUAGUAGUAUCUCACCAUUUUCAGAUAACCAGUAUGAUCAAUAGGAGUUAGAACCUGUAUUUAUAUUUUCCAACAGCGAAGAAUUCCUCAACUCCAACAAGCUUUUUCUGUUUUUAUAAUAUAUCCAACACAACAUAGCCUUUAUAUAGUUUUAACAUUAUUCAUUAGGGCCAUUCAUUAAUCAUGUAAUGUAAAAUUUAGCAGUUUUUAAUACUCUUACCCCCAUGUAACUCUCCCUGCAAAAAUCAGGUAACACUGCUUUCCUGAUCAUGACAUAAUUUGACCAGUUUUAUGGGAAUAUGUCUUUCUAUUUAUUUAUUUUGGUAAUUAAUACUAAAAGCAUUGGUUAAAAAACAAAAUAAUGAAUAAAAAAUUAGAUGUUUUGAAAUCAAACAAAACACCCUUUUUUUUCCCCCAAAGCAUUAUGUAACUGUAGAAUCAUAUGGCCCCAUAAUGAUAUUUACAGGUAACACUUUAUCAAUUACCUAUCGUUUUCAUCUGAAGCUCUCAAUUUUUAAGAGAUAAGUGUUGUAGUAUUUAUAUCUUUGGGUUUACAUAUUGAGUAAAAGUUUGCACAUAGCAGCUUAAAAAAAGUUAUAAUUGUUAUCGAAAUUUGGUUAACUUCCUACAACUGUAGCAUUUUUCAAGAGGAUUUAAAAAGCAUGUCACAAAUAUCUUGUAAAAAAAAUCAUAUUUGUAAAUCAUACAAUGACAUAAUUAAUUAUUAGAGCCUUGUAUGAUAUAUUAUGCUUGUUAUGUAUCUGUUAAUUGUGGUGAAUAUGCAGUGUUAUAUUUACAUCAUUAUUCAGUGGAUUAACGAUCCCACUUUUUCUAUGAAGUUAUCUGUGAUAGUUCUCCCAGUAAAUAAAUAUAUCAUCUAUU